AAGAAGAAGAACCUGCGGGUCGACAUUCCGACUGUGGCGCCGCCGAAGCUCCGAGUGAAGAGUGGGAAAACAUGAAAAAACAGGACACCGAGGAGAUGGUGGACCAGGGCAAUGAUGACGCGCCAACCGCCGCCAGAGCAACGGAGUUAGCGUCGCAUGGAAAGGACGCUGCUGGCAGCAGCAGUCCCAAGGAACCCGAAACGGAGACGCCACCAGUGAGCACAUCACCACAGGGUGAUGGAGCAGAGAGUGAAGCAACAGAAGCUGAUGCAGCUUUAUCCCAGUGUGAUAUGGCAGAAGAGCUGAGUCGGCAACUGGAGGACAUCCUCAGCACCUACUGCCGAGAGGCCAUCACAGAUGAUGCCACCGCCGUGCCCAAUGGCCAGUCACAUAGCCCAGACCUCAAUGACCUUGCCAAUGGGAGGGAGGAUGACAAGUCAGAGGAGGGGAAAGUGAAUGGGGGUGGCAGCAGGGCCGAGAAGGAGCAGAAGAAGACACAAGAGAAAAAGAAAGGGAAAGCACUGGGUAAAGAGAUUACACUUCUGAUGCAGACUCUUAACACUUUGAGCACCCCAGAGGAAAAACUAGCAGGACUAUGUAAGAAAUAUGCUGAGCUGCUGGAGGAGCAGCGUAACUCCCAGAGGCAGAUGCGUGCACUGCAGAAGAAGCAGAGCCAGCUGGUGCAGGAGAAAGACAACCUGAGGAACGAGCACAGCAAAGCCAUCCUGGCCCGCAGCAAGCUAGAGAGUCUGUGCCGAGAACUGCAGAGACAUAACCGCGCACUCAAGGAAGAAGGGGGGAAGAGAACACGAUUGGAGGAGGAGAAAAGGAAAGAGGUGACCUCCCACUUCCAAGUGACUCUGUACGAUAUCCAGGCACAGAUGGAGCAGCACAAUGAGAGGAAUGCCAGCCUCCGGCAGGAGAACACAGAGCUGGCUGAGAAACUCAAGAAGCUCUAUGAGCAGUACAAGCUACGGGAAGAGCACAUAGACAAGGUGGUCAAGCACAAGGACUUACAGCAGCAGCUAGUGGACGCAAAGCUUCACCAGGCACAGGAGCUGCUCAAGGAAUCUGAGGAGCGGCAUGACAGAGAGAAAGACUUUUUGCUGAAAGAAGCAGUUGAGUCUCAAAGAAUGUGUGAGCUGAUGAAGCAACAGGAAAUCCAUCUCAAGCAACAGCUGUCGUUGUACACAGAGAAGUUCGAGGAGUUCCAAAAUACUUUGUCCAAGAGCAAUGAGGUCUUUACCACUUUCAAACAGGAGAUGGAAAAGAUGACUAAGAAGAUCAAAAAGUUAGAGAAGGAGACCACAAUGUACCACUCAAGGUGGGAGAGCAGCAACAAGGCUCUUCUAGAAAUGGCUGAAGAGAAAACCUUGCGGGACCAUGAGUUUGAGGCACUCCAGGGAAAAGUCCAGAGGCUUGAGAAGUUGCGACGGGCACUUAAAAUUGAGCGUAAUGAGCUGAGCAAGAAGGUCCAGAGCCUUACUGGCCAGGACGAGAGCAUCGCUGGAGGACUCACCGCUGACUCACCCUCUCCACCCCCCAUGGACUUACCACUGGAGCACAGCUUAGACCCCAAUAACCCCUCUGUCCCAGAUGCCGCACCUUGCUCCCAUUCUUGCCACUCUGGUCCAGAGCUGGAAACGGAGAGCCUGUUGGACGAGGCCUGUAUGCAUCCGUUUACUGCCCAAGAUUGAAGCUUCUCAUAUGGACAGCACUGUUCAUUCUCCCCUUUGUGCCCAUCAAGCACCAACUGACCAGCCACCAGCGUCCAAGCCACUACUCCUCUGCUAGAUGAAACUGAUCCUAAGCACUGAUCCAGUAUCGGAUAGCCCCACUUCUGAAUUCUGUAGGGUUAAAUAUCUGAUCUGUCAUCUGUAUGCUUACCUUGUGUCUUCCAGAGCAGUCUGUUAGAUUCAUGAUACAUGAUGAGUAGUGUGUGCCUCAUUUUCUUUGUCUGCGUUUUUCUUUUAAUGCACAUUCCUUAAUGACCUACAUAGAUAACAUGUGUAUGGGCAAGAUAAGAGGGCCAGUGCUGAUUGGAAUGACAGAGUGAAAUGUAUAGAUGCGUUUUCAGAGGUGGAAAAGUUAAAAAAAAUUUGGUGUGACUCUUGUCUUAACCUGGGGUUUCUGUCUGCAAGUGUCAGUGUGUCUUGAAGGAGUUUGCUGCAUAGACUAUAGUACUGUGAAGGCCACUGGUCAUAGUAACUGAAUAUUUUUUCUUUCUUUUUUUUGUAGCAAGUACAGUACUUGAUAUUCUACAGAGCAGUUUUCUUUAUCACAAAUCAGAAAUAUUUGAGGCAUAGAAAUAUAGAAAAUGAUUUGUUCCGGCAUCUUUUUUUUUUUUUGUCUUGGUUUCUCAAGCUGCAGAUAUUGCAGAGCAACACAAUAUUUUCAAUCCACUGCUGGCUUGUAGACCAGAGUCUCUAAUUGGAUUAUUGCUCCUCUUUAGUUGCACAAUGCUUCUGGACUGUAUUUAUUAUUUUGAUAUAUUAUUGCUAAUUUUUUUGUCUAUAAUGUCUAUCCUACGGAGCACCACUAUAAAAAUAAAUUGGGUCACUUUUUUAUGUAUGACAUCAUUUAUGAAGCCAUUUCAAUUUUUUACCAAUCUGGCAUUCCUGGUAACAGUGUAGUCGGUUGCGCAGCAUUAGAUUUGUUUUGUUCGUUGCUUUUGUUUACUCCACUGGCAUUACCUCAACCAGAACCCCUUCUAGCUUGACCACCUUGUUUUUUCAUCCAAGUCUGUCGACUUUAAGUCUUCAUGUGUUGGCCUGCGUGAUGUCUGCAGAUCUUGGCAGAGAUCGUUCUCUACACCUGAUGAUUGCAGUAGCUUGGAAUCAGGGUUUAAUAACCGAAUGUUCAUGGACCUCUAUGCAACCCUUGCCUCUUGGUUUUCUUCUCUGGCAGUUUGAACUGACGAGCACUUAGCUAAGAAUGUAUAUUCAUUAUAUCCAGAGUCAGAUAUGUCUUUCCUGCAUGUAUGUUAAAAAAAAAAAAAAUGGAACAUCUCAAAAUUCUCAGAUUUCGCUUCAAGAUACUGAAUUAACUGAUUUUGCUUGAACUGAAUAUUAUGCAUCCACUUGUCUUACUUGAUUCAGAGAGGAAAAUGAGGGCAACAAUUCUUUGUAUACCCUGAUGAAUGGCAGUCAAUGGUAGUGUGAUUACAAAACACAUUUUAUCUUGUAGACGUUCUUCUGUAACGCUGUGUAGCAUUGGUGAGGUCCGGGGAGCCGCUGAUGAUUUCAAUAACGUUCACUUCCAACACAAAGGCAAGCUACCUGUUUUUUUCCAUCCUUACACAGAACGGACCCUUGGUCCCUAAUUCUUCGGCAACUUUGGAGGUUAAUUGACUCUGAGCUGGAACCAAAGAUUUUUCUUUUCUUUUUUUUCCUAUUUAGCAAUGCUUUUCUCUGGCCCUGUAAACUUCUUGUUGAAUAAAAGAUUUG